CUGGAGACUCCAGGCCAAUCCUGGAGGGUUGACAGCCCCAUCUGUACCAUGUGGAGCGCUGGAGCCCCUGUUUAAAACGACCCGCUGAGUCACAGGAUCCCUUUAGACCAGCUCUGAAGUCAUGGGCGCUGUUAACCCUCCCGGGUAUGAACCCUUGUAGCCCUCGCUGUGUCUCCGCCCAGACCUCUCCGCCUGGCCGGGCUCCUCUCUAGGCCCCUUUGGCCUAAGCCCUACAGCUUGUGUCACGGGCCCCCAGCCGCCCAAGCCUGGGCAAGUUGCCCUCUGCCAAGAUGGCAGCCUGGGCUUCCCGCGGGAUUCGCGACGGAGACUCGCGGUGUUUGAGCGAGAAGGGGCGGGCCGGGUCAGUGGCGAUGGCAGAGGAGGAGGCCGCCGCGUUGUGAGCCAUGGUGGCUCCCGAGUGAGGAGCGGAGCGGGCAGGUCGGGCCGGGGCCAUGGAGCACAUCACCACCCCGAAGGUAGAAAAUGUCAAACUACUAGAUCGUUAUACCAAUAGGAAGCCAGCAAAUGGGACGUUAUACCUGACAGCUACCCAUCUGAUCUAUGUGGAUGCUUCCGCUGAAGUCCGAAAAGAAACCUGGAUUCUACAUCAUCAUAUAGCUUCUGUGGAGAAGUUGCCUCUGACCACAUCUGGAUGCCCAUUGCUUAUUCACUGCAAGAACUUCCGUGUGGCACACUUUGUCAUUGGACACGAGCGGGAUUGCCAUGAAGUAUAUACAUCCUUGCUUAAACUUUCACAGCCAGUGAAACCUGAAGAACUUUAUGCAUUUUCUUAUAACCCCAAAAUGCCUAAAGAUAGCCGUGAGAUAGGAUGGAAGCUGAUUGAUUUAAAAGUAGAUUAUCAGCGUAUGGGAAUUCCAAAUGACUUCUGGGAAAUAACGGAUGCUAAUAAAGACUAUGAGGUCUGCAACACGUACCCUCCAGAAAUAGUGGUGCCAAAGGCUGCUAAUAAAGCAACUGUGCUUGGAAGUGCAAAGUUCAGAAGCAGAGGGCGCAUCCCAGUGCUUUCCUACCUUUACAAAGAAAACAAUGCUGCCAUAUGUCGCUGUAGCCAGCCUCUCUCUGGGUUCAGUGCUCGCUGUCUGGAGGAUGAACAGAUGCUGCAGGCAAUUAGACAAGCCAACCCGGGGAGUCCCUUCAUGUAUGUUGUAGACACAAGGCCAAAGUUAAAUGCCAUGGCAAACAGAGCUGCUGGUAAGGGUUAUGAGAAUGAAGAUAACUAUGACAACAUUCACUUUAAAUUCAUUGGCAUAGAGAACAUCCACGUGAUGCGGAGCAGCUUGCAGAAACUCUUGGAAGUGUGUGAAACAAAAUCUCCCUCAAUGAGUGACUUCCUUACUGGCCUGGAGAACUCAGGCUGGUUACGGCACAUUAAAGCUGUAAUGGACGCUGGAGUCUUUCUUGCUAAGGCAGUGAAAGAAGAAAAAGCCAGCGUCUUAGUCCACUGCUCAGAUGGGUGGGAUCGUACAGCUCAAGUCUGUUCACUGGCUAGCCUCCUCUUAGACCCAUUUUAUAGAACAUUUAAAGGACUCAUGGUUCUGAUAGAAAAGGAAUGGAUUGCAAUGGGCCACAAGUUCUCACACAGGUGUGGCCAUCUGGAUGGUGACCUAAAGGAAGUGUCCCCUGUCUUCACUCAGUUCACUGAAUGUGUCUGGCAGCUCAUGCAGCAGUUUCCCUGUGCAUUUGAAUUCAAUGAGCGGUUCCUUCUCGAAAUCCAUGACCACGUCUACUCCUGCCAGUUUGGCAACUUCCUUGGGACUUGCUAUAGGGAACGGGAGGCUCUGAAGAUUUUUGAGAAGACCCAUUCCCUGUGGCCUUUCCUAUUACAGAAGAAGCAGGAGUUCAGGAAUCCUCUAUAUAAGGGAUUCACAGCUUACAAGGAGCUUAAGCCAAACACUCUACCUUUCAGUUUCCAGUUCUGGUGUGGAAUGUAUAACCGCUUUGACAAAGGGAUGCAUCCAAAGCAGUGCGUGUUGGACCAUCUCCUCAACUGCAUGAGCCAGAAGAUGAAGUUAGAGGAUAAUGCAACUGACCUGGAAAACAAGCUGCCCUUCCUAGAUGAUCCCCUGCCAAAUGAAGUUUGCUUCUUAUCUAAAAUUGUAAAUGCCUCAGUUGAGUCUUCGAAAACCCCAAUGCUGAACACUCCCCAGGAUUAUGAAAGUGAACCACCUGCUCUGUUGACCAAUGGUACCAUAGUGGAGGAAGUCGACAUCAUGCCUGAUCAGUACCGAAAGAACAAAGAGAACUUUGCUAAUCAUCAUGACCUUCCUGACCUUAACAGCACCAUGGAAGUUAUAGAAUCAGAUGCUAAAAAAGAAAAGCUGCAGCACCAGUGAUUAGCAGUUAUAGUGUACUCUGUCUGAGGCAUUCAAAUAUGGCAGUAAGGUGUGCAAAAUCUGUGCCCUGUGAAGGCAUAGCUGCCUUGACCAUGUACAGCCAAGUGUUAAUGUGUGUGUGUGGAGGGGCUGUUCUUUGUGAGGUGUGAACAAUCUAGAGAAGGGAUUUUACCUUUAGUUUGGAUUGCAUCACCAUAGAUUAAAAGAUGAAUGUGCAUGUAGAGCUGCCUAGAAGGCUACCUGGACUGAGAGUAUAAACCUCAUUUUCCAUUGAAAAUGUGGUCUCUCCUACCAGGUGUUAAAGAUGACUUCCAUUAUUGGGUUUUCAGAGUAUAAAGAUGCUUUUGGUCACUUUGUUAUGGAGGGUUAAAAGCCACAGAGUAUUUAUAACUGGGGUAGGAGAGAUGUGAUUUGUGUUUUGGCAAUGAAAGGAUGUAAAUGCCAUUUUAGUUCACCUUAAAAUGUGGAUAUGCUGAAAAGGCUUUUCUUAGCUGUUUAAUGAUGCUCUGCAUGGAAUCCUACACUGUAGCAGAGGCUGACUAAUUAUUUUCAUUUCCUAUGCACAUUUGUUAGGAACUGUGCCUUUUUUUAUUGAGACCAUCUUAAUGUCCAACCACGGCAAUGUAAUUUUUAUUAUUGUAAUAUGCAGCUAUAGUACGUGAUUCUUUUGUGGUCACUGUUUUUAAAACUCUCUGUUUUGCAUACGUCACUGCUGCCAACUUCCCAAGGAUCUCAGAUGGUCACCUGAGUCACUAGCGUUUCUUUACUCCAACAUGUCUAAGAAUAUCCUAUCCCUGUUUGAUUUUAUGUUCUUGAGCCACACAAAAACCUACUGUAGUAUUUGCGUUUGACAAUGGUGAAGUUUUCCCUGCGAGUUACAAACCAGAAAGGAGGGAAAUGUUUAAAUUUACCCCAGAACUUUUCUUGUUUUAUCCUGCCAAUGUGGGUCUUGCAACAAGGGGAUAACUUUUUGUUCUGACUAGAAAUGUGCUUUCUCUCAAACCUAGCAACAAGGCAGAAACAACAAAUGCAAUGUAGUUCUGUUAAAAACGCAGGCUAAAAAUGAUCACCUCAUAGCACAUCCGAAGUGCCACUUGAGAAUGUUAUUGCUGAUCUUAAAACAUUAAUGCAAACUCUGCUGACUUUGCAUUCCAUUUCCAGUGAAGACAUUCAAGCUCAUUUCCCCCCCUCCUUUAAAACAAAACAAAAACGUUCCAUUAAUUUCAGUAACAA